AAGUAGCACAGCCCGUAGUCUUGGACUGACCGCCGAGUCCGUCGUACAGUUAGUCGGUACCACUCGAUGCCGUUAAUUGACGUACCAUCAUCGGUACCGUGUGUUGGUGUUGGUGCGAAACUUAAUAUCUACAAGUGAUUAGUUUUGGGUGGUUGCGAUUAAGGAAAACGCGUCUUGCAGAUGUUCCAAAGCGGUACCCGAUCGGUCCAACCGUAUCGUUUCCAUGGAUGGUACUAAUUGAAACGAGUGCGACCUCACACGAAGACUUGUAAGCGAUUUUGUUGUUUUGUGUAGAAAACAAUAAUUUUAGUGGAUUGUUGACUUAACUAUAUCAGCAUCCGGCUGCACCUCGUGGUACCUUGAAAUGUUAGUGAUCCUCCUAGGCUAGAAAUUCAAUUAAAAUGUUCGCGAGUUUCACUCGAGCAUAAAUCAGUGGAGACAGUUUCAAAUAUUGUGACUUUCUUGCAGUGUAUAAACUUUAAACUAUACUACUGUAGGCGGAAGUACCUUUUUUCUACUAGGUGCUGGUCAGAGACAGGACAUUUAUAACCAGCAAAGUCUCCUGCCACAAUGGACCAAGUCGGCAUAGCACCUCCGCCGCUGCCGCCGAAGACCCGUCGGUCCCCUCCAGCCUCCUCGGCAACGGUACAACCCAGUGACGUGUUCUCAACGUUCCCCGAGCAAGUCGGCACCGACCAUUCUCCAAGUCACGUCGUCAAAAUCCGCAUCAACCCUGACGAGAACGUGAUAUGCGACGUGGCGCCCUGCAUCCGCAUCAGCGUCAACUCGGAGAUGAUCCCCAACAACGGAAUGGUCGACGCCUCCCCCGACCGCUCCGCCGCGUACUUCUUCUACAACUGUGGGGUCAUGUCUAGCGGCCAGAUCUCGCCCAGCGACACCCUGGACUCGGGCACCUGCAGCGACCUGGACGGCACGCCGCCCCCGCUGCCCAAGAAGAAGAACACCUCGGUGACGCUGAUCCAGCACAAGCGCGCCUCCAGCCUCACCGACAGCGACGACAACGAGAGCAACAUCAGCUGCGACUCCCUCACAAGCGGCAAGAUGUCGCCGGUGAACAAGGAAAUCAAGGCGUCCAAUCUGCCGCAGACGCUGCUCCAGGACAUCAGGCAGCGCAAGAACAGCGUCAUCGUCAAGUCGUACGAGGAGCGUAAGGAGGAGGAGGAGGAGAAGAGUGCCAAUAGUUUGUCGUUCGACACCGAUAUGUUUUACAAGUUUCAUUUGAAUGAACAUUUAAGUGAGGACAAUGAAGCGCCCCCUAAAAACGUGGUGGAAGACGAGACUUUUGCUGGGUAUAAGGACAUUUUGGGGGACAGUGCCGCGACCAUACGCAGCGCGAAAGGGACGGUGAGGGGGGUCAAAAACCGGGUCAGAGCAGGAAUAGCUACUUUCCUACAAAUCAACUCGGUUUCGAAGAACUACAAGGAAAAAGACGCCGGCAAAGUGGUGGUGUACACGACGACGAUGGGCAUCCUGCGCGAGACCUACCAGGCGUGCAUGAAAGUCAAACAGAUCCUUCGCACCCUGCUCAUAAAGUUCGAGGAACGAGACGUCUUCAUGAGCAACGAAUAUCAGAACGAGAUAAGAGAACGCAUGCGUUGCGACCACAUCCUCGUGCCACAGGUGUUCGUCGAUGGGCAACACGUUGGGGACGCCGAGACAAUAGAGAGAUUAAACGAAUCCGGGGAGCUGAGGAGAAUAUUAAAACCUUUCAAGAGUAUGGACGCCUGCACGACCUGCAAAGUUUGCGGCGGAUAUCGACUAUUGCCUUGCCAAGUUUGCAAUGGCAGCAAGAAAUCGGUACACCGGAACCAUUUCACCACCGAAUUCGUAGCUUUGAAAUGUAUGAACUGUGAUGAAGUCGGCUUAGUAAGGUGCACUGCAUGUUAAUACGAAUCUCAAAGCUUCGAAUCUUCCAUCAACCCAUUGGUCGCCGGAUCGAUAAUUCCGGGUUGCCGGAAGUCGCACCGUCCAUUGCCAUAUCCGAGGUUCCAUCCACUCAUUGUACUAUUUCUGUUUUUGUGGUGUCUAUACGAGUGCAAUCUUGUUAGUCUUAGAGUCUUAAUACCAAUACGACUUAUUUUUAAGUAGUUUUUGUAACGAAUUUUAACAUAACUAGCCUAGAUAUUUGUAUAAAUUUUAUUUUGUGUUGAAAUAAAAAACGAAUAAAAAGUUUGCUCGUU